AUGGCUGACCUCCACGGAAUCAUGGUGGCCCUGAUCACCCCCUUCACCGAUGACCAGACCAAGAUCGACGAAGCCCGCCUUCAAGCCCACAUCGAGCACCUCAUCAAGGCCGGUGUGCAUGGUCUCGUGCCGGGCGGCAGCACUGGCGAGUUCACAGUCAUGACAACCGCCGAGCGCAAGCAGCUCACGGAGCUCUGCGUUAAGUUCGCCGCCGGCCGCGUCCCCGUCGUCACAGGUACAGGCAGCACAUCCUCCGCCGAAGCCAUUGAACUAUCCAAGCACGCCGGUGAAGUUGGUGCUGCCGCCGUCAUGGUCGAGAUCCACAACGAAUCCAAGCUACCCAUCAUGUUCUAUAAUAUCCCCGGGGCUUCAGGCCUGAAGCUUACCCCCACCGAGAUCGCCGGUCUGUCCAAGGUCGGCGUCAAGUAUAUGAAGGAUACAUCCGGUGAUGCGCCUGCGCUUACCGAGCUGCUUGUUGGUCACUCUGAUAAGAUUACUGCUUUCAAUGGAUGGGAUAGUCUUACUUUCUUCGGAUUGGCUUCUGGUGCCCCCGGUGGUGUCUGGGGCGCUGCGAAUUUUAUCCCUGAGUUGGCUGUUGAGCUUUAUGAGGCUAUCUCUAUUAAGGGCGACUUGAAGCGUGGUCGUGAGCUUUGGGCCAAGGCUUGGCCUAUUUGCAAGUUCUUGGAGUCGUACAACUAUGCUGCUUCUGUUAAGACUGGCGUUGAGCUCAUUGGUCAGCCUACUGGAGGUUUGCGGAAGCCGUUUGCUUUGCUCAAGCCUGAGCUGCGGGCUGAGCUUAAGCAGUUGAUUGAGAAUGCUGGUGUUAAGACUGUUUAA